CUUCAUGGGGGGCGGUGCAUCUGAUACCUAGAGUCAAAAAUAAACCAAGAAGAUCCCAACAAAAACCAUUGGGUUGAUAAGGUCAUCUGUUAUUGUAGUAGCAGCAAAACCAAACCCCCAUAUACCCCUUCCUUCUCUGAGCACUUGGCCGGAAAGAGCAGGCAUCAAUGGGUUCCAUAAUUCGUGAGUGGGUCGGGUUUCAGCAGUUCCCUUCUGCUACGCAAAGCAAACUUGUGGAAUUGUUUGGCAAAUUAAAGGAAGAGUACUUGCAGGGUGUGAGCACUUUGACCAUUCUUGUUAUGGGUAAAGGUGGAGUUGGAAAAUCUUCCACCGUCAAUUCUCUCAUUGGAGAGCGAGUGGCUAAUGUGAAUUCCUUCUCGUCAGAGGUGUCGAGACCUGUAAUGGUUUCACGGACCCGGGCUGGAUUUACAUUGAACAUCAUAGACACCCCGGGCCUUGUGGAGGGUGGCUACGUUAGUUACCAAGCUUUGGAUUUGAUUAAACGGUUUCUUUUGAACAAGACUAUAGAUGUUCUUUUGUAUGUUGACCGCUUGGAUGCAUAUAGAGUGGAUGACUUGGAUAAACAGAUAAUAAGUGCCAUCUCUGAUAGUUUUGGGAAAGAAAUAUGGCGUAAAAGUUUGCUUGUCCUCACCCAUGCACAACUUUGUCCACCUGAUGAUCUCAAUUAUGAUGUUUUUUCGGGUAGAAGGUCAGAGGCUGUCUUAAAGACCAUUCAUGCAGGAUCAAGGAUGAGGAAAAGAAAAUUUGAGGUUACUGCCAUUCCAGUUGGUUUGGUUGAGAACAGUGGGAGAUGCAAUAAAAAUGAGAAUGAUGAAAAGAUUCUCCCAAAUGGUGAGGCCUGGAUACCAAGCUUGGUGAAAGAAAUAAUUGGGGUUGCUACAAACGGGAAUAAAUCCAUUUUUGUUGACAAGAAGUUGAUAGAUGGAUCUGAGUCAAAUGACAGGGGCAAAGUAUUGAUUCCUCUCAUUCUUGGAGUUCAGUGGCUUAUCGUGAAAUGGAUUCAAAGAGCAAUUAAAAAUGAUAUUGCAAAGGGGGGCAAGGCCUUGUGAGUGCUGCUCUAUUUGGUUCUGAUCAGGCGCAAGUUUUGACUUAGCUCUUGGAUAUUUUCUCUUGCUCUCUCUGGCCACUACUCAAUUCUUGUCUGUCUUCUGGUAUUUUCAUCUUCUGAAAAUUCAAUCCGUAUUGCCUGUGUCCUUGUUUUGGUUUGUCAGUAACAGAAUAUUAGAACAAUGGGUUCUUGUCCUUUGGCUGAGUGUGUGCUGUGUUUUUUUUGGUCUCGGAGCUUGCUCUAUUUUUCUUUUAUUGGAUUUUUUUUUUCUUA